AUGUCUUGCGAUCGAUCUAAAGAGCUUGUAACAUCCUUUCAACUCGGACUCCAAUACAAUGUACAAAGCCGAGCUGAAAUACCGAUGAAGUGUCGCUCAAGCUUCGUAUUAUCUAACAAAACAAUAACUUUGGUGAUAACACAAAAACAGCAAGAUUCAGGGCGAUGCAGGGGCAGAUAUAGUUCAGUAACAACUGAUAUCUCGUCUCGAAUUGCAUAUAUACAGAGAGGUCAAUAA